UAUUUCUCCUAUUCAUGGGUAUGAAUGAUAUUAAUGACAAAUCAAUUAAUCAUGAAAGAGGUAUAGAUGCUCGUAAAUCAGCCGAAGAAAUGGACGAGCAACGUCAAAAGACGCUUGCUUACGAGUAUCUCUGUCAUCUAGAAGAGGCAAAGAAAUGGAUGGAGGCGUGUCUCAGGGAAACGCUUCCUCCUACGACCGAAUUGGAAGAGAAUUUACGGAACGGAGUAUACCUGGCAAAACUUGCACAUUUUAUGGCGCCGGAAACCUUGCCUCUGAAUAAAAUUUAUGACAUCGAACAGAAGCGUUACGGGACAGCUGGCUUACAAUUUCGUCACACGGACAACAUUAAUCAUUUUUUAAAGUCCCUAAAAUCUAUGCAACUUCCCCUAACCUUUCAGCCAGAGACUACCGACAUCUACGAUAAAAAAAAUAUGCCUCGUGUGAUAUAUUGCAUUCACGCGCUCAGCACUCAUUUAUUUAAACUUGGAAAAGCCCCACAGAUUCAGGACUUGUAUGGAAAAGUGAAUUUUACUGACGAGGAAAUCAAUGCUGUCAGUAAAGAGCUGAAAAAAUAUGGAAUUCAGAUGCCUUCCUUUCAAAAAAUUGGGGGCUUGCUGGCGAAUAGCAUGGAGACCGAUGCUGCAACGCUUCAUGCUGCGGUUAUAGCAAUUAAUCAAGCCAUUACAAAAAAAGAUUACGGGAAAACAUUAACUGCGCUUCAAAACAAAGUAGUACAAUUGAAUAAUGUUGUGCCGCUCUAUAUAAAAGAGUACAGUGAUGUUUUAACAGAAGCAAAAGAUUCUAAAGCAGAGGCUGCGCUUAAUAGAUCUUUGAACGACAGCUAUAUACCAGACGUAUACGACGAACUAUUAACUCAAGCAGAAAUUCAGGGACAUAUCAAUUACGUAAAUCUUCAAUGCGCAAUGGAAAGCUUAACUCGAUCAAUUCGUUAUAAAAAUAAUCAAUUUAUGGAUACGUUAAAAUCACCUACUUUAUGCUUACAAAACAUUCUACAUGAGAAUGCAGAAUUUUAUAAAGAACAAUUAUUGCAACUGCUGGAAAGCCCUGAAUGGAACAAUACUUAUUCAGAAAGCAAUCAUCACUGGAGACAAUUGCUUCAAAAUGGAAUUAAUAAGGGGAACGAAAUAGCACUUACAAACCGAACACGCGAGGAAGGUGUUAAAUUCUUAAAUGUAACAUUGCAAACCGGCGUACAGAGUGAAUUUUAUGAUGCUCUGAGAAAUCCCAGUCUUGGAUUAUGCGAUAAAAUCGAGGAAUUUGCAAUGCCAUUAUAUUACGAAGAAAUGAAUGCAGAUCGUAUGGAAUCUCAGAAAACCCUUUCGUACAACGAUAUAAUAGUUAGCGUACGUGUACUCUCGUUAAUCGCCGAAAUCAGCAAGGCAGUGGACACUGGAAAUCCGGAUUUAGUUUAUCAGUCACUGACAAAUCCAAAUUGCCACGUCUCUGAUUUGGAUCAUGAGAAUAAGGUAAAAUAUUGUAGAGCACUGGCGGCGGUUCGAUGUGAAAAGCAAGCGAUUGCUGAAGAAUGUCCUCUGUUAACAUAUAUCGAUAUCCAAGAAUGUAUCGAUGUUGUGAAUCAACAGUGUCAAAAUAACGACGAUGUGAUACAAGUAUUGCGUAAGUUAAAUUUCGCUGUUGACAAUAACGAUCGAAACGCAGUUAUAACUGCUUUGAGGGAUACUUCUUUGAAACUACUAAAGCCUACUUCACCCGAAGACGCAUCCCUUUAUCUGAAAUUAUUUAAAAAAUGUCUUGCUGAAAAACAUUUGGAUGGAUCCGAGUUAUGGUUGGAGGACGUAGAAGCCGUAUCGAAAAUCGUUGCUGCGGAAGCUGAAACAGUCCAACACGCGUGCACGUUUUUGGCACAGGUGAAUUUGGGUUUACAGCGAAACGAUAUGCUAUUCACGAUCGAUUGUCUGCAAACUUUUGGCUUGAAAAUACCAGAAAAAUAUAAGACUGAAUGUUUUCAAAGUCUGUGCAACGUGAGAACAAAGAAGGGUAAAAAUUACAAUUGCGCGCUUGUUCGUUUUAUUACUCCAAAAGGUAACGAAUCAUAUUUGGACUUGGAGAAGUUUAAUUACACAUGGGAUUGUCCAAAACAUAUAUCGGAAUCAUAUUACGUUAAUGUGGAAGACAUAAAGAAAAUAGUAAAAAAUACCACGAUAAAAGAACACGAGGAACAUAAGAUAAACAAACAAAUAAUCCGAUGGCAAGCUUGUAUUCGAGGAUAUUUAUUACGAAAACGAAUUUCCGAUAGAUUCUCAUACUUUUAUAGAAACGUAGAUAAAAUAAUUUUUAUACAGUCGUGGUGGCGUGGUAUAGUUAAGCGAAAACGUUAUUUGAAGUUGCUAGAGGAGAGACGAGAACAAGAUACAGAGAGAUAUAAAAAUAAAUAUUUAAAAGUUAAAGCGAAAUUUGCUGAUGUAUUGGAUCGUUAUAGGAAACAGGAGGAAAACAUUAUAAAAAUACAAGCUUUAUGGCGUGGUCGUGCCGAAAGACGAGCCUUCCAUUCGUUGCUGUAUUUAGAGAAACCACCUUUUCCUGUUGUUCGUCACUUUUCUGCAAUUCUAAAUUUCAACGCGGAGGAUUACGACAGAGACUUGCAGUUACAACACCUGAAGCACGAAGUAGUGCAAAGUAUACGACACAAUCAGACCUUGUCGCAACAAUUGGAUAGCAUGGACAUAAAAAUCGGAUUGCUCAUUCAGAACAGAAUUACGUUACAAGAUGUCGUGGCGCAUGGGAAGAGUUUAGAAACGCUCGCGAAACAGAAACAUUCCAACAGGGAGCAAAAAAGCAUUUUAUCGGACGGUGUAAUUUCUCAUAAAGGGUUGAAAUCAUUAACGAAGGAGGGACGAAAAAUGUUAGAGGGAUAUCAACAUUUGUUUUACGCGUUGCAAACUAAUCCGUCGUACUUGUCGAAAUUAUUAUUUCUUUUGCCUCAAAGUAAAACGAACAAGUUUCUUCAAAAUGUGAUUUUAACAUUGUUCAACUUUGGAUCAAAUAUCAGAGAAGAAUAUUUAUUAUUGAAGCUAUUUGGAAGCGCGCUGCAAGAAGAAAUCAGGUCCAAGUUUCAAAAACCAUCCGAGGUUGUAACCGGGAAUCCACUGGUGUUGAAAAUGGUAGUAAACUAUGCACGACAAUUGAACGGUCAAAGAGCUUUGAGGCAAAUUGUUGGGCCAAUUAUCGAGAAAAUAUUAGCCGAUCGAACACUGAACAUAGAAACAAAUCCAAUUGAUAUUUAUAAGUGUUGGAGGAAUCAAUUAGAAAUGGAGACGGGAGAAACACUAGAUCUUCCAUACACGGUGACGCAACAGCAAGCUUUGAACUACGAACAAGUACAAAAACGACUAAACAGGGGCAUACAAUUGUUGCAAAGUACCGUUUUAGAAUUCCUAAAUAAAAUCACGGAAUCUCGUGAUCUGAUACCGUAUGGAAUGUUGUACAUGGCAAAGAUUUUAAACGAUUCAUUGAUCGAGAAAUUCCCUAAUGCUCCGGAGAAAGACAUACUGAAAGUGGUUGGCAAUUUGAUUUACUAUCAUUUUAUUAAUGCGGCUAUCGUAGCCCCGGACGCCUUUGACAUAAUCACAUUACCAAUCGACAGAUCAUUAUCGAACGAUCAACGACGAAAUUUAGCCAGCAUUGCAAAAAUAUUGCAGUUCGCCGCUUCCAAAAAAGGGUUCGGCGAGGAAGCGUCGCAUUUGUUCUGUUUGAAUUCGUUCAUAAUCGAGUGCCACGAAAAGUUCAAACAAUUCUUCAGAUACUGUUGCCAGAUUGAGGAUUUGGAGGAGCAUUUUUCUAUUCACGAAUAUACCGAGGCCACGCUCAUUCACAAGCCUGAGAUUUACAUUUCGUUACAAGAAAUUUGUGACACCCACUGUCUCAUGUUGGAGUAUCAGGAUCAAAUUGCACCAGAUCCAAUGGAUCCGUUGCACGAUCUAUUAGAUGAUUUAGGUCCAGCGCCAACUGUUGCAUCUUUGCUCGGAAUCUCUGAUCGGACAUGCGAGUCGAAUUUAGUAAGGUACGGGAAAACUGAAGUGUGUCUGGUACUUACUAACAAAUUUCAAGUACCUGAGAACGAAGACGCUAAUUUGAACAAGCUUUUUAUUAAGACCAAGGAGUUAUUGGUGUCUGUACUUCAAUUCUUAAAAGGUCAAACGUUAGUAGAGGCAUUGGAAACGUUAUGUUCUCCUGUCCAAGAAAAACUGUACGAUGUAAAAUGUACCAGUAUAUCGCCUACUUUGAACGUUAUUCACAAAAGCUCGUCUUUGAACGAUUGUAAGCAUCAACUGCGCGCGUAUCUCAAUAAACUUGAAUUGGGAGGAUGGGUCAGUCAGGCAGACGGAUAUCAAAAUAUCAUAACAGCGGUGGCCAAAGAUCUUUGUAACAAAGGGAAGUAUCGAAUUAUUCGAAACAAGGAGCUGCAGACCUUGCAUUUAACCAAACAGAGAUUGGAAGAAAAAUCCAAGUAUUAUCAAGAACAGGUGGAGUUUUAUAACGAAUAUAUACAAAGAUGUUUGGAAAAUUUACACACAGGGAGAGGAUCUUUGCAAGCGUUCAAGGUGACUCAGAAAAAUAAUCACGGCAAGCUAAGAUCGAAAAUGACGUUGAAAUACUCAGCCGCGAAAUUGCAGGAAAAAGGAGUGCUCUUGGAAGUUGAUGGACUUCCGCAGUCGCAGUUUAAGAACGUUAUUUUUGAGAUAAGUCCAACGGAACAUAGCGGACUUUUUAGCGUACGUUGUAAAUUUAUGGGAGUAGAAAUGGAGAAAGUUGAUAUCGAUAUACAAAAGCUGCUCGAGUUACAAUUCGAAGGCUCACCGAUUAUGGACAUGUUCGGUAAGGCAAAGGUUAACGUGAAUUUGUUGUUGUAUUUAUUGAAUCGAAAGUUCUACGGUAAAACUUGAAGAGGAAAAACGUAAAUAUAUUAUUAGUGGUUAUGACAGUUAUGCGCACUCGUGCAAUGUUUUAU